AUGGUGGAUGAAACGUUGGCACGAUAUGCUUGUUGGAUAAGUUCCCAGGCAUCGCUUGCCACCAGCUUGGAACAAAAACUGACUGGUUUGUCUCGGCGCACUGCUGCAGAAUUUCGAAAGGCAGAGGGUGAACGUCUUGAUCUGCAACAUCGUGUGCAAAUCUUGGAAGCCACCUUGAGGGGCAUAUUGAAUGGCGAGACCCCUGAUCUGACUGGUGAAAAAGGCGCAGCAGCAAGUACCUGGCCGGUGAAGACGUCACCAUCCGUGGAGCUUCAGGCGCUGAUGGCAACUGAGCAACGUCGAGAGGAGUUGGCUCGACGCUUCGCUGGCUUGGAAGAACAAGUGGCCCAGAUGAGUCAGGAGUUUUGCAUCAAGAUCCAUCAAAUCUGCCGAUGUGACGAGGUGAAAACGCUGUGCUCCGAGACCAGAAGUGAGACCAGUUCUGCCCCCAGCUCUUGUUUUUCUGUAGGGCAAGCACAUUGA